GUGAGCGAGACUGAAAGGAGAUAUUUAAAGCACAGAAGGAAGAAAGAGACAGAGACAAAGAUACAGAGUCAAGCAGAGAGCUCUGCUUUGUCAUGUUAGAGAAGAGAUGACUGAAGCAGCUCUGAGCCCAGUGAUCCAGACAGGAGACGGGAGGAAACUGUCCCGAACAGCAUUUCUUUCAUUGAUGAAUACCUACAACUGCUUCCUAAAGGAUCAGACCCAGCUGCACCUCAGUUAUUCUGUGGGGGUGGAUGGAGAGGUGGCAGUGGAAGGCUUCCUGAAUAUCUCCUGGGGAGUACAGAGACUUAUCAGGCUGAAAAUACAAGAUGACAGACAAAUGCUUCCCUUCAUUCCCCAGAGCUCACCUGACCCCACCAGUCCUGUCAGCCCAAUAGGAAACAAGAGGGGAAUGACACGAUGGGGAGAAUAUGUUGACCUUCACCAGAUACUAGAUGAAAUGCUUGAGACAGCACAGGACACAGAAGUCAAUAAUCCAGGCCCAGCUGUUUAUGAGACCACCACACUGCGUCCUGUGAGGCAGAAGAGCCUGGAGCUGCAGGCCGAGUCAAACCUGUUUCGCUGUAUGAGCGACGCCUCAUUGAUCAAGAGGAGGAGGGAAAGGGGCAAAUCGGUGGCACAAAGAGAAAAAGAAAGGCAACAUCGCUUUUCUAUCAAUGGACACUUUUACAACUAUAAGACCUCUAUCUUCACUCCGUCCUUUGGUACUCCAACUAAAGUACGUAUCUCCAGCAAGAUGACCACAAACGAGGUCAUUGAACAGCUACUACACAAAUUCAAGAUAGAAAACGAUCCCCAGGAGUUUGCGCUGUACUGUGUUCACCAGAGUGGAGAAAAGAGGAAGCUGAGUAACAAAGACAGGCCCCUAUGGGAGCGCAUACUGCAGGGGCCCUCUGAUGACAUCAUGAAGAUCUUUCUAAUGGAUGCAGAUGAAGAGGAAGUCAGCAAUGAUGUAGCCCAGUAUCUAAACUUGGAGCUUCCGUUCCUGGAGCAUAUUCUACUGAAACUCAGAGAGGAGGAGAAAAGAGAGAUACAGAAUGUCAUGAACAAGUACCACCACCAACAUAGACUCUUAUCCCAUAUACUGAAAUGUAAGAUAUCACCUCACAUUGAGACCAGUGUCUGACGACUACUGAUCUGAAUCACU